GCGGCCACUCGGCGGGGUGGGGGGAGGGGGGCCGGGAAGGAGCCGCUGGAGCCGCUGGAGCCGCCUGAGCCGCGAGCCGUCCGCACGCAUUUGGAGAUUUGAUGACAUGCUACAGAGAACACUUUGAGCCUAUGGUUUUUUUUGGAGAAUUCAUUUCAAAGGUCUCAGAAGUACAAGAGGUAGAUGUACAAAUGUCUACCACAAGACGAAAGCGCAGCAUGUUAUGUAUUUUACCAUAAGCUGUCAUAAAAUGAGCUCAAUUGCAGACAGAGAUGACGGUAGUAUUUUUGAUGGAUUGGUGGAAGAAGAUGACAAGGAUAAAGCAAAAAGAGUAUCUAGAAACAAAUCUGAAAAGAAGCGGAGAGAUCAAUUUAAUGUUCUCAUUAAAGAAUUGGGAUCUAUGCUUCCUGGUAAUGCUCGGAAGAUGGACAAAUCUACUGUACUACAGAAAAGCAUUGAUUUUUUAAGGAAGCACAAAGAAAUUACUGCACAGUCAGAUGCCAGUGAAAUUCGACAGGACUGGAAACCAACAUUCCUUAGUAAUGAGGAGUUUACGCAAUUAAUGUUAGAGGCUCUUGAUGGUUUUUUUUUAGCAAUCAUGACAGAUGGAAGCAUAAUAUAUGUAUCUGAAAGUGUAACUCCAUUACUUGAACAUUUGCCAUCUGAUCUUGUGGAUCAAAGCAUAUUUAACUUUAUCCCAGAAGGGGAACAUUCAGAUGUUUAUAAAAUAUUAUCAACUCAUCUUCUGGAAAGUGAUUCAUUAACACCAGAGUAUCUAAAAUCAAAAAAUCAGCUUGAAUUCUGUUGCCACAUGCUCCGAGGAACAAUAGAUCCAAAAGAACCACCUACAUAUGAAUUUGUGAAGUUUAUAGGAAAUUUCAAAUCUUUGAACAAUGUAUCCAGUUCAUCACACAAUGGUUUUGAAGGAACCAUACAGCGAUCCCAUAGGCCUUCCUAUGAAGACAGAAUUUGUUUUGUAGCUACUGUUAGGUUAGCUACACCUCAGUUCAUUAAGGAAAUGUGCACUGUUGAAGAGCCCAAUGAAGAGUUCACAUCCAGACAUAGUUUAGAAUGGAAAUUUCUCUUCCUAGAUCACAGGGCUCCUCCCAUAAUAGGAUAUUUGCCAUUUGAAGUUCUGGGGACAUCAGGGUAUGAUUAUUAUCAUGUGGAUGACUUAGAAAAUUUGGCAAAAUGCCAUGAACACUUAAUGCAAUAUGGGAAAGGCAAGUCCUGUUAUUAUAGAUUCCUGACAAAAGGGCAACAGUGGAUUUGGCUUCAAACUCAUUACUAUAUCACUUAUCAUCAGUGGAAUUCAAGGCCAGAGUUUAUUGUUUGUACGCACACAGUAGUAAGUUAUGCAGAAGUUAGGGCUGAAAGGCGACGUGAGCUUGGCAUUAAGGAGUCCCUUCCUGAGAUAGCAGCUGAUAAAAGCCAAGACUCUGGAUCUGAUAAUCGUAUUAACACUGUUAGUCUCAAAGAAGCAUUAGAAAGAUUUGAUCACAGCCCAACUCCUUCUGCUUCAUCCAGGAGUUCACGGAAAUCCUCUCAUACCGCAGUGUCAGAUCCUUCCUCAACACCAACAAAGAUAGCAACAGAUAAUAGCACUCCUCCCAGACAACAUUUACCUGGACAUGAAAAAAUAGCUCAAAGGAGGUCAUCAUUUAGUAGUCAGUCCCUAAAUUCUCAAUCUGUUGGUCAGUCUUUAGCACAGCCAAUGAUGUCACAAGCCACAACUUUACAUAUUCAACAAGGAAUGUCACAGCCCAUGUUUCAGUUUUCAGCUCAGUUGGGAGCCAUGCAGCACCUAAAAGAUCAGCUGGAACAACGAACCCGAAUGAUCGAGGCAAAUAUUCACCGGCAACAAGAAGAACUCAGAAAAAUCCAAGAACAACUACAGAUGGUCCAUGGUCAAGGGCUACAAAUGUUUUUACAGCAGUCAUCCCCUGGAUUGAAUUUUGGUUCUGUUCAAUUGUCUUCUGGAAAUUCAUCAAAUAUGCAACAACUUACUCCUAUAAACAUGCAAAAUCAAGUUGUUCAGGCUAAUCAGAUUCAAAGUGGAUUAAAUACUGGACAUAUUGGUUCUUCUCAGCAUAUGAUGCAACAACAGUCUUUACAAAGUCCAGCAACUCAGCAAACUCAACCAAACAUUCUCAGUGGACACAAUCAACAAACCUCUCUUUCCAAUCAGACUCAAAGCACGCUGACUGCUCCACUGUACAACACUAUGGUAAUUUCUCAGCCAACAACGGGAAACAUGGUCCAGAUUCCAUCUAGCAUACCACAAAACAAUAAUCAGGGUGCUGCAGUAACUACUUUCACCCAGGACAGACAGAUAAGAUUUUCUCAAGGUCAGCAACUGGUGACCAAAUUAGUUACUGCUCCUGUCGCCUGUGGGGCAGUUAUGGUACCUAGCACUAUGUUUAUGGGUCAGGUGGUAACCGCCUAUCCUACUUUUGCUGCACAACAGCAGCAGCCACAAACGUUGUCAGUCACACAGCAGCAGCAGCAGCAGCAGCAGCAGCAGCAACAGCAACAACAGAGCCAGCAGGAACAGCAGCUAACUACCAUUCAGCAAUCAUCUCAGGCUCAGCUGACUCAGCCAUCACAGCAGUUCUUACAGACUUCCAGGCUGCUUCAUGGAAAUCCUUCAACUCAGCUUAUCCUCUCUGCUGCUUUUCCACUACAACAGGGCACUUUGACUCAGGCCCAUCACCAGCAGCAUCAGUCUCAGCAACAGCAGCUUGCCCGCCAUAGAACUGAGGGUUUGACUGAUCCUUCCAAAGUUCAACCACAGUAGCGCAUCUGCCCCUUUUUUGACACUGAGGGGGAGAGAAGAGUGGCUGUUUCAUAAAGAGUUGCACUGAUGACCCGAUGAUGGUAGGAAGAAUUUAGACUAUCUAAGAUGCAGUAUUGGAAAUCUUUCAGGAGUGCUCUGUGGAAGUCCACACUAAGUACUAGCCAGCAGGAAGGUAAUCCUAGGGAUGUCGCCAAUUCUGACAGUGUUGUAGUUGUCCAGACUUUUUUUUUUUUUAAACUAAAUAAGAGCAUCAUGCCAAAUGUUAAUUUGCCCUAUGGAGCCUAAUCUAAAGUGAACCCAGAAGGGCACCAACAAUUUUCAUUUCUAGUAGUACUGUGCAUUUUAUCCAAUGUUACAGUGGACAUGCUGUUGCCACACUUUAGGUUUGAAUUUUGCUAAAAAAAAAAAAAAGAGAAAAAGAAAAAGAAAAAAGAAAAAAAAAGAAAGAAAUGCCAUGAAGACAGUCCAGAAGACUUUGUCUUUUGUCAGGUGAUUAUGGGACAGUAAAUAUUUUCAGGAUGUUGUGUGGAAUCAAAUUUUCUGUUGUAUAGAUGCUGUAAAAUAUUGUGUAUAUGUCUGGAUAAAAAGAGAGCGCGCAAAAUAAUUUUAUAUGCUGCAUGGAAGCAUAUUCUCUUCUUUGUAGGUUUGAAUACAUUUCCUUAAAUUCUUGCACCACAUUCAGACUAAUACAUCCCUUUUUUGUUCCCUUUUGUUUACAACACGAUACAUCGUUCUUUUCACUCUUUUCUGGGGCACAAGUCUAUUUGUAUUUUAUCUGUGAUGUCACAGUUUGUUAAUGAGGUAUGAUGUGCUGCUGGGAGUGGAUUUUUUUCAGGUUAAAUUAUUGAUGCAAUUGUUGGAACUGAUGGUCGUGCAACAGGGUUUUCAGGAUGUUCAGAAAUAUCCCUUGUUUCAUAAUUAUUCAAUUAUGUUUGAAAAUAGGAUUUGCACUGUUUUAUGUAUGUAGAUGGUUGGGAAUUUUACUCCCUGGAGUGAUCACAUCUUUUGAUAUAGUUCAUAGUUGGAAAUAUUUAUGUAAAAGUUUUAAAAAUAAUUUCAAGAAUAUUUCAACUAUAAGAGUAAUUUGCACAAAAUGUAUUUACAUUUUAGGCACUUUUUAACUUUCUCUGUGGUGGGAACUGUAACUUGUUAAAAUAUGUUGGAAAUCUUUUUAUUGUCUUUUACAAUUUCAAUGUUUCUUUUAGUCAGAAAUGAUUCAGGGUUGUUUGAAAAAAAAAAAAAAAAGCCCCUAGUGCCUUGAUUUUGAUUCAGGUGAUAAUGCUGACCAUUGUUUGAACUAUGUUGUCUUGAUUCUGUAGCAAUAUUACAGUUUUGAAGUCUUAGUACAGUUUUAACAAAAUUAGAGUGUUAACUAAUAUUGUUAUUUUUCUCCCAGGGAAGACUACUUUAUUUCAACUGGAGAUCAUGUAUAAUUUGAAAAAAAAAAAAAAAGUGACACCUCUUUUUUUUUCACAGUCACUAAUAUCCAGAAUUUCAGAACUUUCUUAAAUGUAGGCUUUGCUGCUCUUUUAAAGCCAAAAUAUUUAAGAACCGAAUUGUAAAUUGACUUGAUAGUCAUAUAGUGUUAAUAGAAAAAAUUAGGAAGCAGGAAUGGAUUUGUUGGAUACUCAAAAAUUAGAAUAAUGUGUUCACCAUGGUUUCUAAUAUGAACUAAAACUUAAGAAGGUAAAUUCAUGUUACAAAGAUAAAAAAUCCCAACAAAAUAGAUAUACUUUUAAAAAAAGUUCUAAAACAGAUAUUUUUAUGGUACUCGUAAUUAAGUUCACAUCUAUGGAGGGAAAAAAAUUAAUGCUACCUCCCUCUUCCCCAAGAAUGUUUAUCGUAGCAGUUAUUGGUAAAUAAUUUUUCCCCCCAUGAAAAUAACUGAACAUAGAAUGCUAGAUAACUAAAUUGAACCCUAAGGCUUUUUAAGAUCUGCCAUGGCUGAAACAUUGUUAUUCUUAAGGGUUAUACUUUUAGCUUUUCAUUAAUUUGCAUCCAACCAGCAACUAGUACAUUAAAAUGGAAGAGGAAAGUAGAAAUGAAAAAUAAAGAACCAAAGAAAGGUAGGACCUGCCUCUGUAAGAAGGAGCAGGAUCAGAUACCAAAAUUUAACAUAUCAAGAAUCCCUUUUCAAGCUGUGUAAUCUUUCAGAAGAGAUUUGUCAUUCUUAUGAAUGAAAACUAGUUUUUAUCCUGGUGUUCGUAUCUGAUUAUAUUCAUACAUAAGCAAAACUGGUGGUUUAGAAUGUUCAGAAUAAGAUAUUAUUUCCCCCUCACCUAAGAUUGCCUUGUUAAAAUUGUUACACCAUUCCUCAUACAUCUAUCUGAACUGAGUUUUAUCUGUUAGAGGUCUGUGCUGAUAAAAAUGAGAUAAGUAUGUAGAUCUUUUUAAGGCACACUUAGAAACUCUAAGCAAGCACCUGUCAUCAAAGGAAAAACAGUGUGACCUCUCAGUCCUGUAGCCUCAGGUAGAUAGAACCCAAGUGAAGCAGGAGAUUCCACUCUUGGCCAAGGAGUUAGUAAAUCAGUAAAUAGAUAUUCCCUGUUAACCUGCCUUACACAGUUCCCACCCAAUACAUAUUUUGAGUAGAAAAUCAAGAGAAAUCAUUUCAGUGCCUAAUUCUCACUCCCCUCCUCCAAAUUCUUGUUUUGAAAUAGCAGCCACUGAAAUGAAAUAGUCUUCAUCCAGCCACCACUUACUCUUCAUCCCCUUAUUUAUGUCUCUCACUCUCUUCCUGCUAUCUCCCUUGAUCUAGUUAAACAAGUUUCUAAAAUAUUUCCAACUUUGUUGGAGGAUGAAGGUAUCAGGUCAAGCUAUUCUAGCAGUUGCUUAAUUCUUAAAUUCAAUCUGUUCCUUAAAAGGAAAGACCAUAAAUAGAAAUGCAACCUUUCAGAAUCUAAAAAAUCCUUUCCUCCACCAAAUCCUCCCUCUCAAACAUAUCUGAAAGAAUCUUUUGGCACUAAGCAGCACUUUUAAGAACAAGAGAGACUGAAGAAAAAAAAAUUUUGUGCUUUUAGUACGUGGGCAGAGAAUUUCAGAAAAUAAUCAAUAACUACUGCAGAGAGUGCUAGUCUAUUGGAAUCCAGAGGCUUAUUCUCCUAUUUUAGAGCCAAAAUGUCUGAAAGGGAAAAUGAGAUUAUGUAGUCAUAAGCAUAAUGGUUCAGGAUUGAUUCUCUGUACCAUCUCAUCUGAUGAAAAUAAUCCUUUGAAAUUUAUAAACUUGGUAUGUGCAGGAAUAUAUAGGAAACCAAGGCAAUCUACUGGUUUUAAAUAUAACAACUUGGAGUAGAAUGUAUUGAAAAUAUUUGGAUCUCUUGUAUGAUAUUAUAGGCAUUGCCUUAAAAGGAAUGUUGUCCUAGGAGCUAUUGAAUUAGCUACACUAAGAGCUCUGUGAUUCAGAAGUCUUGAAGAAAAAGCCUUAGGGAAGAGCACUUAAAAUGGAAUUGUUUCCCUUGCUAAUAAUUUAUGGAGAAAGAUUCCAUGUAACUGGAAAAUUGUUCAAAAUAUUUAGAACACUUCUGCCAUAUCUAAACAAACUUUGAAAGAAUAGAAAGCAUAUGGCAUUCUACCUGACACCCAUUUUCUACCUACUUUUUUUUUUUGUCCUACAUUUUCAUUAGUGACUUUGAAUGUAUGGGUAAGCAUGUUUUUGCUUGUGUCAAACUCAUUCAAGUAUAUAUAGCCUCUCCAAUGUCUAUGACCCUGCUUAAAGGUCCCAUGGGAGUAAUAAUGUUGGAAGGUACAAACACUGGAUAUUAACAUUGCUGAAGUGAGUUUGACAAAGAAGCUAGAGCACUAGAAUAAGAAUUGUGGAAAGGAAAUUGCACAAAGGCACUUAUCCAUUUUGAGGAAGAUUUAGAUGAAGAUGUGCAUUUUUUUUUUUUUUUUGGUUUGUUUGAAUUGGGUAAGAACUUUCUGAACUGAGCUCCUAAAGUCAUUGCAAAAGAAAAGAAAUAUAAAUAUUUUUAUAGUAUAUUUAAUAUAUAUAUUUGUAUAUAACUGUAAAAGUAUAGUAGGAGCCCUUCACAUGCCUUCCAUUUUAAUCUAGUUUACUUUUGCCAUAGCGCUUAGUGUUUUCCCAUCUGUAUAGGUAAUGUGCCUACUGUCAGCUUACCAAAAGAUAGUAUUGCUGCUUUCUGGGACAGGUGAGAACCAAUUUCUCAUGCCUGGGGAUCCUUUUACAUAAGGGAAUAAUGACAAACCCUUAAAAAGUUCAAAUCUAGUACUGUCUAAAAACAUCAUCUGGAUAUGUCGAGCACUUUAUUACAAUUACUCAUUUUAACAAACAGUUAAUCAUUACAGAUGUUAUUCCCAAAGGGCCCCCAAAUCACCAUUUGAAUAAUAAAGUUGAAGCAUUUCUGGUCUAAGCAUUUAGACCCAGUGAACCUUUGGUUUAUGGGAGUGAUUUCAAAGUGUCAAAACCACUUGGCUCUCUGUUGUUGUUUUUUUAAUAUUGAAGGAAUUGUUUGUAGGUGAAUAGUUCCAUUUAGAGAUUUUCUUAAACCUGUCUUGCCUUUUGUAUGGCUACCAAAAAAAAAAAAAAAGAAAAAAAAAGACCAAUGAGCCUGUUUGUAGUUUUCAAAGGUCUAGAAAAAUCUGCUUCUGAGUAGGGGUAUAGACCUAAUGUUCAAUGAAGUGGUAGUAGCAAAUACUAGAAUAUAACAAUUUUAAGAAGCAAACCAAAUUGUUCUGAAUGUUUAAAUGUUAUGUCCUACAGUGUUGGCAGGCCAUUUUUAAUGUCUUUAAAGUUGUUCUCGAAACAGUUCUGAACUAGAAAACCUGGGGAAAUGGCUGCUUUAGACAAGACUGAGAAAAAUCUGUCAUUGAAUCUUAUGUUGUCUCCUUUGGAAAAAGUGGAGACGAUUGAAAUGUGUUGAGACGGUUAUUAAUGCAGGAUGUUAGAAACUGAAUGUUGACGAAUUCAGAAGAUAUGAUCAAACUUGGACAUUAAAAAAAAAUUUAAACUUCUGUCCACAAGAAUUUUGCAAUUUUCUUCAUGUCCUAACUUAACACUACAUUCCUUAUUUUUAUUAAAUAAAGCAGUAAUUUAAAGAUUCUGUGAUGUUUUCAGUGCUUUAUGCUUUGUUAGUUGCCUGGGUUUUUUCCCCAGUCUUUUGCUCUUGAAUGAACUAAAAUAUUUGUAAAAAAAAUUAUGUAAGAAACCCUUACCCACCAGCAAACACUGAGAGGUGCUGCACUGAGACAAUCAAAAUAGUAUUUAUAAUUUAGAAAAUGGUUUUAAAGGAAUAAUUGCUUUGAAAGCAUUUAAUGUGACUUAUUAAAAGACUAAAACUAUUUUCAAAUGUAUCUGAGUGUUAAAUUUCUUACUAAAGUGAUUUCUGUAUUCUUUUUGCCUUUGGAUUGGCAUAAAGAAACCCUUUUAUUUUAGGCCCCUGCUACUUAUCACUUUCCUAGUCAUCGUUAGCUGUCUAAACUCAUGUAGUUCAUCAGUGAAGGAACUAUAAUCCUGCUUCUAAAAUACAGCAAAAAUAUCUCAUUGCCCUAUUGCUCUAAACUUUUUUUUUUAAUCUGAAUAAUUGUAACUUCUUCAAAAAACUUUUAUUUCACUUGUUGCCUUUUCUAUUCUGUAGGAUUUACUUGUUCAGGUUUUUUGUAAAAGUAUAAAAGGCACUUUAUUUGUAAUUCCUUCCCUAGUGCAGCCAAAGGAUGCACAGAACCUAUGGCACAUUUUGUCCCCUGGUGUGUUUACUCAAACUCUUGAGAAAAUGACCAGUAUCUUUUAAUGGUUUAUGUUACUUACCCCACACUACUUUAUUCCAGGAGGCACAGAAGUGGUGCAAUGUCUUCUGCAUAAUAAACUCAUUAAGUCUUGUCUUUCUGUGUUACUGUUGGGUUGAUCCCCACCCCAUCUCUUGUUAUUGUCUCCAUUCAUAGCAUAGUCUGAUGAAGUGUUAUUUGGACAGUUGAAGCGGGUAGGGAAGUUUUGAUUUGAUAACACAUUGUUUCAGGUGGAUGUCGAAUCUAUAGAUUAGCCAUACCAGAGGAGCCUCCCAAGUUCUGGAUGUCCAAAGAAGGCACGCUGACUUUUGGUAACGUAAAAAAUUGUCUUUGCCUUGAAAUGGGUUAAAGUCGAAUAUAUGAUAAACAUGCUUUUAAAUUUUCUAGGCAAACAAACUGUGACAUCACUUGAAGGGUGACAUUGUUUGAAAUGUUCUCUGUGCUUUAGUUACGACUACUGGUGCAGGUUCAUUGCUGGCAAUAUUUGCACCAAAAUACCUGGCACUAAAGAGUUAUCACCGGGGAAGCUCUGUAAAUGUUUUAUCUUGAAAUUCUUGUCCCCAUGGUGUUACUGUGUUAAGUAACUAGACAAUCAUUUUUUGAACAAAAUGUUCAAAACAAUCUAUUUCCCCCCCCACAGAUGUCAACCAAAACAGGUAUAAUUUUUUUAGACCACUGCUAGAACUAUUUUCAAAUGCAUUUUACUGUGGUAUACAUUUGAAAAGAGCCUCAGCAGCAAGGAAAUUCCAUGUUCACUUUACAUAAAAAUUAAAACCCAAAGACAAAUUAAAUUGAUCAUGUUCUGGAUACAAAUUUUAAGACAAAUGAUUUAUCUUUGUAAAUUUCUAAUUGUUAACAUCUGGUAGUAGUAAUAAGAAUAAGCGUUUUUUGGAGUUCUGUGUUUUUAGUGUCUCUCUGUCCUAUUAUUCCUGUUCCUGUUGAUUCUUGAUCUGAAUUAGAUGAAAAUAUGCCUCAAUUUUAUAGGGGCUAGUCACUCAGAUUAAAGAAACAAAAUGUUAACUCUCAAAAGGAACUGCUGAAUGAAUCUUUGGUAUAAAACAUUAGCUAAGUAACAAUAAUCACUCUUUUUUUCUGGUUCACUACAAUAUGUUCUGCCAGAAUCCUACACUGCACCAAGUAUGAGGGCUACUAAAUUAAGGGGAUAGAGUACACAAGGCACACGCCAUUUUAAUUUUGUUCCAUAAAAAUUUUGCCAAGUUAAUGUUGCCUUUUGGGCUUUAGUAUUACAGCUGAUUUAUGCUCAUUUUCUGGCAAUACUCCAAUAUGUACCAUUUGAAAAGGCAAGUCAGUAGCUUACUAUCUUUCACUGUAUGGCCAAAAAAGCCCUAUAGUCUACAUUAUUGUUUUGCCAAGUUAUCUUUAGGAAUUUGUGUAAAGCUUUAAAAACAAACCAACCAACCUGUACUACUACUAACAAUGCAUUUUUCCUUAGAAUACUGUACUCAGAACUUUAGCAAAAGAGCCAAACAAUAGCAUGUUUUUUUCUUGAUGUAAAACAAAAUGACAAAAAAAAACCUAACAACCUUUUGUUUUCUUUUAUUCAAUUUUGAAAAUAAAAACAAUACCUCAAUGCUAA